GUGACUGACUAUGGACUCCUCAGUCUCGCCUCAGCUGGACAGCACUUUAAACGACACAGUGACAGAUGGAGAGGAGAACCACAGUGAAGACAGUCCAUCUCCUGCAGCCCCCCCUCAGGUGUCGGUGGCAACGGAGUCCCCUGGUGUGACUGUUGUCCAGCUGUGUGACGGUCAGAUCCAAGGGGUCAUCCAGGCCCCCCAGACCUCUGUCAUACAGUCACCACAGGUCCAGACUGUCCAGAUUGCCACUGUAGCAGAGCUGGAGGAUGACGAUUCAGUCACAGACACCCAGAAGAGACGGGAGCUCCUCUCCAGGCGCCCGUCUUACCGAAAAAUUCUCAAUGAGCUUUCAUCAGAUUCGCCGGCAGUUCCUAAAAUCGAUGAGGAGAAGACGGAGGAGGAGGCGCCAGUCUCCAGUGCUGCCUCAGCAUCAGCGCCGACCUCCAUCUAUCAGACCAGCUCAGGACAAUAUAUUGCGAUCACUCAGGGGAGAGCCAUCCAGUUGACCAGUCCCGGAGUUGAAACCCUUCAGGGAGCCCAGACCCUGACGGUGGCCAGCUCUCCCACCCCGCAGCCCGGAGCCACAAUCCUGCAGUGUGCAGCUCAACCCGGAGACUCCCCACAGCAGUUCUACAUUCAGGGAGGACAGGUGCUCGUCCAAGCUGCCACAGGAGAUAUACCUGCCUACCAGCUGCGGUCACCCAACUCGGGCCUGGCUCAGAGCAUCGUGAUGGCUGCAUCCCCUGGCACCAUGCAGAAUCCCCAGCCGCAGCACGCCGAAGAGAUCACCCGUAAGAGGGAGGUCCGACUGAUGAAAAACAGGGAGGCAGCUCGAGAGUGCCGCAGGAAAAAGAAAGAGUACGUCAAAUGUCUGGAAAACCGCGUGGCUGUGUUGGAAAACCAAAACAAGACCCUGAUUGAAGAGCUGAAAGCACUGAAGGACAUUUACUGCCACAAAGCCGAGUAGCGGCGGGCGUUUGUGGUCAGGAGCUGAAGACAGUGCCGUUUACAAACUGCUACAGCAAAACAAAAAAAAGAAAGAAAGAAAAGACUCUGGAACAAAAACUGCUUUGACCGUCUUUGUGUCUCUGCUCACUCAGGCCUGGUUUACGCUGAAUUCAGAAGUGUCCCGAGGAAUUCGAACAGCUUGAGCUUGCCAGUUUUUUCUCUUGUUCUAAUCUUGUGCUCUUUGCAUGUGAAGACUCAAGUGUCGUACACACUUUGCUUUGCUGUUUGCUUUUGUGCGCGGGCGAAGCCAGCCAAUCAGAGCCAGCUGAAGAAGAGGAACAGGAAGGGGAAAUACAGGUGCUUCCUGAAAAUGUGCCGCUCAAGUACAGAGAUUACGAAAAAGCCUUGACGGGUUCAGCCAGGUCCCGUUACCAGCAAGUCUCUCUGAGGUCAGUCGAGGUGCACGCCAAGCUUCGCAGAUCCACCACCAGCUGCAACAAGGCAACUCAGCCGUGUAUGCCUGAUGUCAUGUGCGUCAUUUACGCUUCUGUUUUUGGCUGUUUCAUGCAUUCCUUCAUGUGAAAACACAGUAUCUUCAAGCCUUUUGUCAUUAAGGUGAUUUUCUGGAGUUCAUCGACUUGUUUUCAGAUUUGAAUAGGAGUUCUCGAUUUGGUCAGAAAGGUCUUUCAAGAAAGAAGAAUUCAAGAUGAAAAUCCGCUUCCAUUUUAAGAUUAUGUGCAGAUUUUCUAAAUUUAUUUAAAGCCAAUGUAGAGCAGCAUUAUCUAAAUCAGAACUUGGUUGGCAAGUUAUUUUUCACCACUAAAAGUGGUGAAGUCAAAGCACAGAAAGUAUCAAAAUGUCCAUGUGGAUAUUAGCAGGAUUUAUAUUCUAUUACCUUUAUUGAAAGAAUUUCACUCCACAGGUUUAUAUCUCAGCAAAGCAAAUGUAUUCUAUUAUCUAGUCAUCAACAUGCUAUAAAUUAAUUUAUAUAUUCUAUAUGGAAGAACCAAAAUUUUGUAAACCAGCAUCUUAAAAUGAAAAAGAAUAACUGUUGUGCUUUACUGUCAUGCAGGCGUCAGUUUUGUUUUCUGAAUGAUGGAUAUCCAUUGUGGUAUAAAACUGUAUUUGAUUAUGGCUAGUUAUUAAAAUGCUCUGUUUAAAGGGUGAUGCCAAUUUAUUUUCUCUUUUCUUUUUUCUUUUUUUUUAAUGUAAAAACAUUUUAUUUUAAUGAUAAUAUAUCUUGUGAUAAUGUUUCUGGUGAUUUUGAAACGGCUUGCUUUUCCUCUUUCUGUUCAUGUAGUUGUUGAGUUUGUUCCACUGAAUAUAUUUUACCGAAAGGUAACAGACCAUCUCUCACGGCUGCCAAAGCUCUCUAAGUCACAGUUAGGUAUUUAACUACUGUGUAGCUCAGUGACAACAGCAUGAUUCAUCCUGUGGUUGUCUUGUUGUGUACCAACCAAAUGACCCAUCAUGGUUUGUAUUCACAGAGGAAUGACCGUUCUGUGAAGUUCUACCAAAAGGCGGUAAUAAACGUUUUAUUUGAUAUCAACUGAGUUCAAUUUUACUGCAUGUAUCUUUUUUUUUUUUUUUGCCGUAUCAAAUGGUGGUUACAAGGUGUUCUCUUCUCAGUGUACUUCCUUGUUUGAAUUGUAAAACCCAAACUAUUUUUGUUUAUCUAAUAAAAUAUUCAAACGUGA